CUCUCGGCCCCUCUCGGCCCCUCUCGGCUCCUCUCGGCCUGUUUUCGCCCCGCCCUCCACUGGAGCGCAGCGAGAUGAAAACCGGAUCCCGCGGCGUUUCGCAUCUUCUUCGUCGGACAGCCUGGGCGGAGCGGACCGGACCGGGACUCGGAGUCGGAGCAGUCCGGACUAAGGAGCUGGUCUUCGGCCUGGUGUUACCGAGCUUCAGCGCCCACGGGCUCCAGAGAGACACCGAGCGGUCUGUCGUAGCGGAGCCGGGCUGAGGUGCACUGCUAGCGGCUGGAGCUCCAGCUGCGUCCCGCUGGUGGUGCAGGUGUGAUCUGACAUCAUGUACCAGGUUCAGGGGAAAGGGGACGGGCUCGUUGCCAUGGUGCUGAAGGAGCUUCCUGGUAGAAAGGCCCCCCCUGAAGAAAACCCCCUCCUCACCGUGACAACCAAGCUGGUCGGGGAGCAGCAGGAGAGUCGUCCUCUGCUGAGUCCGUCCAUCGAUGACUUCCUUUCAGAGAGUCGCAGCGACACCUCCUCCUCCACCUUCUCCUCCUCCCGGCCCCCCACCUCGUCCUCCCCCUCCUCGUCCUCCCGGCCCCCCACCUCCAACACAGCAGUUCUGUCCACAUCUCUGGACCUGGUGGACCUCAGUGAUUUGGGCAGUACUGGUAACGGGGGCGGGGGCGGGGGCGGGGGCGGUACCAAGGACCGGAGGAGGCUGAGUCCUCUGAGGAGGAAGGGUAGCUCCAUGAGUCCUCGACGCCGAGUGAAGCCUGAAGAGACGGAACUGAUCCAGGUGGAGGUGGGACACCUGAGCAGCCCCAGGACACCUGAGAGGAUCUCCCUGGACUCGGUCAGCCUGUCGUCUCCUCUGGACAAGUGGGACGAGGCAGACGUGGACCUGGAGGACGGAGGACACAGCAGGAGGAGACACGAGAAGAGGUGCACCUCCCACCACUCGUCCAGUGAGCUGCUCUGGUCUGCUGAGUUUAGAACUGAUCAUGCGUCCAAGAAUCUAGACGUCCACAGUCUGGACGAACUGGACAAACUGUCCUCCACACAGGAAGGCGUGGCGUCCCGGCAGUGCAGACGGAGCCGGUCUCUGAUGACAAGGAACGAGUCUCUGGAGGACGAGUUCGUUAGAGCCAAAGCUGCAGUGGAGUCGGACACUGAGUUCUGGGACAAGAUGGAGGCCGAGUGGGAGGAGCUUGCUCGAAGGAACUGGUUGGAGGAGGCGGAGGAUCAUUCGGCUCCGCCCACAGUCUCACCUGGAGAGAAGAGUUACUACUUCAACCCCACUAACCCGUACAGGGACUGGCCCAACGCCUUCUCUGAGGGGCAGGACAAGGCCCGGGAGGGAGACCUGAACACAGCCGUCCUGCUGCUGGAGGCCGCCAUCCUACAGGACCCUCAGGACUCAGAGGCGUGGCAGCUCCUGGGGACGACUCAGGCUGAGAACGAGAACGAGCCGGCGGCCGUCGUGUCCCUGCAGAGGUGUCUGGAGCUCCGCCCCAACAACCUCCCGGCUCUCAUGGCGCUCGCCGUCAGCUUCACUAACAGUGGCGUCCAGCAGGAGGCGUGUGAUGCUCUGAGACGCUGGAUCAGCCACAACCCCCGAUACCGACACCUGGUCCAGGAGAACAGGGGCCCACAGCAGGACUCCCCAGCCAGGUGUGAGCUGCAGGACGUCCUGGUCCUCUUCCAGGACGCCGCCCUGUUGAACCUGGACUGUGUGGAUCCAGACCUGCAGACCGGACUGGGAGUCCUCUUCAACCUGAGCUCAGACUUCGACAAGGCGGUGGAGGCCUUCAGCUCCGCACUGUCCGUCAGACCUCAGGACUACCUGCUGUGGAACCGGCUGGGAGCGACGCUGGCUAACGGGAACCGCAGCGAGGAGGCGGUGGAGGCGUACACCAGAGCUCUGGAGCUGCAGCCUGGAUUCAUCCGGUCCAGAUACAACCUGGGAAUCAGCUGCAUCAACCUGGGAGCCCACAGGGAGGCGGUCAGUAACUUCCUGACCGCUCUGAACCAGCAGAGGCGGAGCCAGCGCUGCAGCCACCAGCAGAUGUCGGCAAACAUCUGGUCCGCCCUCAGAAUCGCCAUCUCCAUGAUGGACCGACCCGAGCUGUUCCAGGCCGCCAGCGCCGGGGACCUGGACCUGCUGAUGAGGGCCUUCGACAUGGAUGACGUCUGAUCGGGGGGGGGGGGUCGGUGGUGGGGGGUGAAACCAAAGACAUGAGCACAGCUGCAGGAAAUCCCUUCGCAAUAUAACAGCACAACCCUUUAGCUUCCUCUAAAGCCCUAUUCUCAGGGACUAGUUUAAUCUGGAAUAAUGUGGGAGCUCGUCUCUUAAUCCGUGGGAAUCGUCCAUGUCCGUCAUUAGUUAAGUAAAAAUGACACCAUAAAUGAGCUGAACCCUGAUCCUCCUGAGAUAAACCUGGUCCAGAGAGAACCAGACUCUCUGAGUCCUUUUUCCGUCUCUUGUCUCUUGUCUCAUACUGAAGAUGUUUAAUGAAUGAAAGUGUGGGCAGAUGUUAGGGAGCAGAGACCUGUUCAUCCAUUCAGACCAGGAUUAAACCAUUCAUGUGUUCAUCUGGGUUAAACACUGACAGGUCCUCGGAUCAGACUCUAAUGUAGAGUUUAUCAUCCAGCAGAAAGUGGAAACUGUCCUCUGACCUGCAGCAGAGACACAACUAUGGACAUUAGAGGACAACAAUAUCUGGACCACAGGACCAGGUCCCAGGUAGAACUGGUCUCCUGAGAAUAGGCCUAAAGACACUGGUCCUGUCUGUGGUGUGUUCAGGGUCUCCAGGUUCCUCUCAGAGCUUUCUAAUCUCUCAGCCAGCAGACAUGUGAGUGUUCACUGCAUCCCUGAGUUUUACCUGCUAGGAGCCGGGUUCAUUUCCACUGCCUCUGACACAGAGCAAUAACCUCACACUAUAUCUAUAAUAAUCUAUAUCAUAUCCGCCAUAUUUAAUAUAUAUUGUCAGUAAUCAGCCACUAACGUAGUCAGACAUUAAAGCUGCUUCCUAUGAUUUUACUUUAAAUGUGUAGAGACUGAGUCACUGCAGUGGAAAUAAACUCUUUCUUUUACUUUUUUUUUCUACCUGUGAAUCUCUCUCUGACCUCUGACCAACACUAGGCCGUUGGAUGAACCAGCAUCUGUAUCCAUGCCCCGCCCACACCUCCCCCAGACUCACCAUGCCCCGCCCACACCUCCCCCAGACUCACCAUGCCCCACCCACACCUCCUUCAGAC